AUGGAGGUAUUCAUGCAGGGAAUCUCGUUCAGCAUGGAACAACCACAGCUAAAGGAACUCCUUGCAAGUGUCUUCCACGGCGCUGCCUACUCUGAUCACUCUCCUCAGCCUCUGAACUUCGAAGUCCGCAUUUACCGCAAGGUGACCAAGCGGGGCACCAGAAACGGCGUCAUCAUAGUCCCCACCACGGAGAUCGGUGAGCAGUUCCUGCGAGAGUAUGGACAAGGUUCAUCCCAGAGGCGCAACACUUUCGACAGCAUCGUUUUCGCACGCGGUACACACACGCCAAAUCGUCGAGUCCUCGAGACAGUGCAGCAGACUCCAUACAAGCCUCCGGCGAGGCUUACGCAGCCUAGGUACGACACGGGAGCCAGCGUAUCGAUCCAGCGACUACAAUUCGGGUGGAUCUGCCGAGACGAAGAGUAUUCUGUGGAGUGGGAGAAGAAGUUCACCAUCCAGGGUUCUGCAUACCUGAGGUACAACGAAGGCAGGCGACAAUUCCAGAUGAUAGCGAUGGGACAUGAUUGCACGCGCUAUAUCGCCAUUCGUCCCUCGCAGGUGUACUGGACCGCUGCGACACCGGACCAAUACGGCGAGUCGUCGAUCUUCUUUUACCUCCUCUAUCCUCCAUCAUUCGAGGAGGGUCCCGUGAACCCGGACUUCCUGGAGUCACUCGGAGAGGACACAUAUGGACAAUACGAGAAUCUGAGAAUGUUACUCGAGGAGACGAAGAUAUGGCGGCUCCGGAAAUCGGGCUUUGACGAUACUCACAUUCCCAUUGCGCCCUACACCUCCAUCGCUGUGCGGCUGGUGUGCGAGUCUGCGUCAGACGUCGCCCUCUAUAGGGUCCUGUGCCGGCAGGCUCACCUAACCGUUGACUCAUCUGCGUACACAGUGGUUCAUCGCGGGCUCUUCGCCAGAUCUGUUCAGGACGUCUAUCGACCCUGGGUAGCCAAUUUGGACUUUGCAGUUGCGUCUCAGGUCGAGUCGUUGUUGCGGAAACGCCUCGUGGACAUGCGAGAAAUCGUGCGAUACCUGCGUCCGAGCAUCGACGAUCUGAUGUCCAAGCACAGCCCCCAUGUGACGGGCACUGUGCUCGCUGACCUGAAGACGCGACUCGAAGCCCGUCUUUGGUACGGCGAUGGGGUCGAUCUCGAUCUCAAUUACAUCCUGCAGCUCCUCGCGACUUCCUUUCGGCAGCUCUCGCAGAACCAGACUCCUUUGAUGCCCCACGCCGACCUAUUCCUUUGCACCCACGUUCAUAUUACCCCUACCACCAUCAUACCCGAGGGCCCCUUUCCUGAACAGUCCAACCGAGUAAUACGUCAAUACUGGGACAAUAGGGACAACUUCAUUCGGGUUCACUUCACGGACGACAACAGACUCGCCUACCGCUACGAUUCCGAGCUCAAUCUCCAGCGUUUGAUUGAGGAACGUGUCAAGCACUUCCUUGUCAAGGGCGUCACCGUCGCUGGGAGGCAUUUCCAGUUCCUCGGCUACUCACAAUCUGCGCUGAAGAGCCACUCGGUGUGGUUCGUCAGGCCGUUCCAGGCCGCCGAUGGCCGCACAAUAGAUGCAGCGGCGAUAAUCGCUGGCCUUGGAUCCUUCAACGACAACCCGUAUGAUCCCCAGCUCAUCUACUGCCCUGCUCGAUACGCUGCUCGCAUCUCUCAAGCCUUCAGCGCCACCGCCUCCUCUAUCACGGUCGCAGCGCACGAGAUGGAGAUUGUGGACGACAUCAAGGACAGGACGGACACCUACUCGUUCACGGACGGGAACGGGACGAUGUCCCUCCAGGUCGCGCGAGACAUAGCGGCCAAUCAGCGGUCGAAGAACCGGGUCAGACGUGCGUGGCGAGGGUCCACCCCACGCGUUAUUCAAGUACGGGUUGCUGGAUCGAAGGGGAUGCUGCACGUCGAUCACAAACUUGAAGGCCGACAGAUUCGCUUGCCCAGGUCCAUGGUCAAGUUCUCCGCUCCUACCUCCAAUCAAAUCGAUAUCGCGCAGGUAUUCGAGGAGCCGUCUCGGUUCAACCUCAACCGGCCGAUGAUCAUGCUGCUCGAAGGCCUCGGGGUCCCGUACGAGGCCUUCAAGAGACUUCAGGACGACGCGGUACGCCAAACCCAUACGCUCACAGAGUCGCUGGCGAAUUCGAGAUGGCUGCUUGAGAUGAAUGGCCUUGGCGGCUCGUUCAAGAUCGCGUCCAUUGUUGGCCAACUCCACAAACUCGGUGUGACCGUCGCGCAGUUGACAGAGUCCGGCUUCUGGCAGCGGAUGAUGACGUUCGCGGUUAACCACAUUCUCCGAGAACUCAAGGACCGCGCUAGCAUUCCCGUGCCCGGAGGAUGGACCCUGGUAGGGGUCGCCGAUAUGCAUGGUCAGCUGCGGGAAGGGGAGAUAUACGCAUGCGUAGAAACUUCAGACGGUCAACAGACCUAUCUCGAAGGAUCUACCUUGAUCACCCGCUCGCCAGUCAUUCAUCCAGGAGACAUACAGGUCGUGCAUGCGAUUGGAAGGCCACCAGUGGGAUCGGAUCUUGCUCAGGGACGGCUGAAGAACUGCGUUGUAUUUUCCACGCGAGGAACUAGGCCUCUUCCGUCGUACCUCGGAGGAGGAGAUCUCGACGGUGAUAUGUAUCACGUCACUUGUGUGCCGCAGGACCUGUUACCACCGACAGACAGACUUCAGAAGCCUGCUUCGUAUAAUCCGGCGAAACGUAAAAUACUGAACCGGCCGAGUACCAUGCAAGAUGUCGCCACAUUCGUAGCAGAGUUCAUCAUCAGUGACAACGUCGGUCUCAUUGCAUCGACGUGGCUGACACUCGCCGACAACGUAGGAAUACUCGAUAGAGAUUGUCUCCGCCUCGCAGAGCUACACAAUGCCGCAGUCGACUAUCCUAAGACCGGGUUGCCAGUUGAUAUCAACGCCAUUCGGCCCAUACAACGCCGCGUCUCACAAAAGCCAGACUGGUAUACUUUCGAGGCCACCGUCAGCUGGACCCCUCAAUAUUAUCAGAGCAAUAGCGCUCUUGGCCGACUCUUCCGUGCUAUCGACCUGCCGGCCCUUGAGGAGCGUAGUACGGAGACGUCCCACUUUGACUCGCCCGAGAUAGAUGAAGAGAACGGGAUAACACUAGCCGAUGUUCUCGCCGACGUACGGACCAAACCGUUCACCCAUCGCGCUCUUCUCCCGCCGGUCGUCGCUGAAGUGCGGAGGCAUCUGCCAGUGGGGCGCGAUGACUUCGACGAGUCAUUGGCGAGCAAGUGCUGGAACCUGUUCACCGUCUACGCAUCCCGUCUUCGAGGAACAUGCGCAUCGCAUACAGUCUCAGCGUCGCGCUCGGCCAUGCUCUCGGAAGAGGAGGUCGUCAUUGGGACCAUAUCAGCGAAGAGCGCACAGGCCCGAAAGCGCGCGGACAUGAUCGAGAAAGUCCGGGAGCAGACGGCGACGCUUGUGAACGGUGUCAGCGCAGAGUUGUCUGGCGGUGGACACCUGGACGCGGCGACACGCUUAGAACAAGCCUGGAUGGCGUAUAGGGUCUCGUGCACGCUAUCGGGAUGGUUUGGAGGGCAGAGCUUUGGGUGGAUCGCAUUGGGGGAGGUCUUUGACGCCAUCCGUGAACUGAACGAAAGGACGGCUGAAGGACGCUCCCCAACGCUGUCAUAGGACGCGCCCCAACGCAGUAGUUACACAAGCGUGAUCCGAAAGCUAAGCACAAAUGUACAAUUAGGUCGCUGGGAAUGAUCUGUUAUGAUGACGGUGAC